CACUCAUCUUCGCACCCUCAUUAUUGAAAUUAAAAUAAAUCACUAUUUUCCCCCGUUAAUUUAAAAUCAUUCCAUUAAAUUAAUUCCACUUUUCUAUCAAAUAAAUCCCACUUCGAACUUUAAUAAAUCUCCGAAACCCCGCAACAAAUUGUUGAAAAACAGAAUAAAAAACAUGUAAUAAAAUAAAACAAAACAAAAUACUCACACUUUCCCACUUGGAUUUCCCAAGAAGAAUCCAAGGGUACAAACAAACAAAUCAAAACCCCCUAAUUGAGUAACUUCUUUUCUUUUCUCCCAAAAUCAAAUUCCGAUAAAAAAAAGUGGGAAAAUUUCCAAAAAAAUUUGAAAAUUUUUGGUGGGUUUGUAGAAAAAUGGGUGAUUAUUACAGAUCUAAGUCAUAUGCAGAUGGCAGAAUGGAAAUGGAGAUUUUUUAUGGUGAAAAUGGAAGUAAUAAUAACAAUAAUGGGAUUAUAGAAAAACCCACAAAUUUAACUUCCUCAAAUUCAUCAAAUAAUGGUGGGUUUCAAGAAUUUAGAUGUUACAGUGCAUCACAUGCAACAACAAAUACACAGGAAAUUCCAAGAGAGUUGAAAAAGGGUAAAAGUGUAAAUAAUGCAUCAUCAUCAAAAGCUGGUUGGUGUUUUAGUGACCCAGAAAUGCAGAGGAAGAAAAGGGUUGCAAGUUAUAAGUCUUACAGUGUUGAAGGCAAAAUCAAGAGGUCUUUUUCCAAGAGUUUUAGAUGGAUUAAAGGUAGGUACUCUAAUAUGGUCCAGGGUUGGUGAUUUCUUUUUAAUUUAUAUUUAAUUAAUAUAGUUUUUUUUUUAUUAAUUUUCUUUGGAAAAAACAAUUGUAAUCUUAUUUUGAAUGUGUUUUUCUUUUAUCUUAAUCUUAAAUCUUAUGGAAUUGUUCUUCGUUGUUAUUUAGAGUGUAAUGUAAUUGGUAUGUUUUUAAUGAAUAAGAUGAGUUCAGAUUUGACA